GGCUGAUGCAUUCCCCCGCUUCGAUCCGGCCACGUGUGCACCGCUCUCUGAUUGAAGCCGGCGGCCAGCAGGAAAGGCCGCCGAGUUCAUCGCUUCGUUCCCCUUUCCUUUCCUCCGCACCUGCUCGGCGGCGAUGGCCGCUCCCUCCGCCGCCCUCUCCAUCUCCGGUGCGGCACAUAGCAAUGCAUUUGGCUGCAAGCCGAACAAGUUGAUCUCGAACAGAAAUGGCUUGCAGGUGGCAGUUCCCUCAAGUUCAAAAAAUGCAAAUCUUUGUGGAAAGCUAACCAUCUGCCGGGCACAGAGUGAAGAUUCUAAAGGCGGGGGAGGAUUCUUGGCUGGAUUUCUUAUAGGAGGAGCAGUUUUUGGAACACUUGGAUAUGUCUUUGCUCCGCAGAUCAGCAAAACUUUAGAUACAUUGUUGGAUGACGAUGGACAAGAUGGUGAGACUGAUGAGCAAGGCAUCGAAAGGGUAUCAAGGCCACGCAAUGGCCAAUACUAUGAUGAAGGUUUAGAGAAAACUCGUCAAACACUGGGCGACAAGAUAAGCCAACUGAACCUUGCAAUUGACAAAGCGGCGUCCCGACUGAGACGUGUGACCGGCAGUGUCGAAAAAGAGCUUGUUAAAGAUGAAAGCGAAAUUGAAAUAUCCUCACUGAACAAGAAUGGAGUUUUGGAGGAAAACUUGAAUGAACAUGGUUUUGUGCAAGGAGAAAGUGCAACAUAAUGAGUAGAUUAUGUGGGUAGCAGCUUCGCCAGGAAAUAUUUCAGCGGACAAACUGAUGGGCUGGAAACGCUAUUCAAUUAACAUCAAAAUGAUUUCAACUAGAAAUUUCAUUUCCUUGGACAUGUUUUUCUGUGUUCAAGCUGUAUUGCUGUAGUAGCUCUGUGUGCUCUGUUUUCACGACAGCUCCAAAACUAUCAUGAGAAUUGUAUUAUUUUGAGCUGGGCACCCAAAUAGAUGGGUGCCAUACGAUUCAAUGUAUCUAUUGUGUGUACUGUUACUGGUAACCAAUGGCUUGUGGUUAUAAUUGCU